CCAUAACAUCAGCGCGUCAGUUUGCGCCGCACAAGAGUUCCGUUAGCUCUGUUUCUGUGGACUACAUUUGCAAAUAUCACCGUUUUGUUUUAACUCGUGUUCUUUUGGCUUCAUGGAGGAAGGCUUCGUUGACUGUCACUGUCACAUAUCAGCCCGUGAGUUUGAAGAGGAUCUGGAGGAUGUGAUUCAAAGGACCAAAGAGGCCGGGCUGAAGACUCUGGUUGCAGUUACAGAAGAAGUUGGAGAGUUUGAAAGAGUUCUGCAGCUGCAGGAACGUUAUCCAGAUCUGGUGGCUCCAUGUUUCGGUAUCCAUCCGCUGCAGGUCGGCGGGGGCUCCGAGCAGCACAGCGUAAAACCUCAGGACCUCGAUGCCGCCCUGCCUCACUUCUACAAACACAGAGAACGCCUUGUUGGUAUCGGAGAGAUUGGUUUGGACUUCACGCCGUGGUGCGCUCCCACUCAGCAGGAUAAAGACGACCAGAUGGCGGUUUUCAUUAAACAGCUCAGCGUUGCCAAAGAGCUCGAGUUACCCGUUAACGUCCACUCACGAUCAGCUGCUAAGGUCACCAUAGAGACGAUGCGGGAACAAGGUAUCAGUCGAGCUCUGCUCCAUAACUUUGCUGGGAAGCCGUCUGUAGCUCUGGAAGGCGUGAAGGCCGGGUACCUCAUCUCGUUUCCACCAGCGGUGUGCAGAAACCAACAGAGAGACAAACUGAUCAAGCAGAUCCCGCUGGAACACAUCUGUCUGGAAACGGACUCUCCUGCACUGGGGCUCGAGAAGCAUGUGAGGAACGAGCCUUGUAACAUUGUUCUGUCCUGUCGCUACAUCGCUGACGUCAAAGGUGUGUCGCCAGAAACUGUUCGACUCGUCACCGCACAAAAUGCAUACAGACUUUUCCCCAAGGCCAACAGGCGCUAACACUCACAUGUUUCAGAAGGGUAAGGUUUAUCCUCAGGGAGCCAGAAUAUCUGAAAACAUCCAGAGACUGAAAAAUAAGAAGUGGAAACAACCUCCAGAUCUUCAUUUGGAAGCUAAAGUGAAAGCCAGCUGUUUAUUUUUUAAGUACAUUAUGUUUUAGGCCGGUUUUUGUCUGUUUAUGAAGUUUAUGAACAUGUGAUAGUGGCAGAGAUCAUUCACACUGGUUCUGUUUUUGAGUCACAUUUAUUAAGGCCAACAGGAUUUCAAGUUUAACAGGAACAGACAGUACGAGGUGCUUUUUAGAAACAGGUAACAACAAGGAAAUAAAUACAGCGAUUGUUUAAAUUAAGUUAUGUGAUGACAUGUUUGUCCUUUGGGUAUUAUUAGUCAUGUAUCAUGAUGUAUUAUGUUCUCUGUGCAUGGAAAUAAAAUACUGAAGGUUGAA